AAGUUCCUCCAAUCAGAAGUAUAUACUGUCAAAGACAUGCAGACGGAGGAUACUGCAAAUCCCUUUUCAAGUUAUUCUCUCACAGCAACCUGAACAUUUCAGUUAAGCCACACACCCAGCCCUUUCAGUGUCUGGCUGUAGCCACAUCCUAGCAGACUUAGCUAGUUCAUAUCAAAGUCCUGGGGCCUGUGGAAUGUAAACUGAUUUGUGUGGCAUUUUAACUGGCGUUCCUCAUGUCUGCCAUGGCUUCAGCACAUACAUUGACUCUCAUUUCCCUGCCUCUGAUUUAUUUCCAUUGGCAAAGCCUCAAAGGUUAGCCCUAAUAAGACCAUUAAAAGUGGACUGUAGGAACAUGUGUGCCACCAAAGGUCCUUCUCUGUAAAAGUACCCUUAAUACAAAGCGUGGAAGUGGGAGGUGAUAGGAAAAACAAAGAGAUUUCCUGUUGUUGGGGUGGUGCGCUCAGGACAAGUCAGAACGACAGAGUGUGGAGGGAGUGAGAUUGAAAAAGAGAGGGCAGGACAGAGGGAUACUGAGAAAAAACAACAUUAUUACAGAGGAAAAUGGGAAUAGCAGCCAUCCUAGUCACUGUCUUGUGUAUGUGUUCACUCAGCUUGAGUGCUUCAGACGGCGACACCAAAGUUGGAGAUCCUGACGAUGCAACACCAACUGAGAUCCCAGAGACUCAGGGGAAACAGGCAAGAGGAGAUGUACCGGAGGAGCCAGAGCCAACCAGUCCUGUCUCAGAUUUUGACAACACAUACAACUAUAUUUUGUCCAGGCUGUCAGCGAUGGAUCAGGCCAUCCACAGGCUGAAUGUGGGCCACUAUACACUGGACGUGAAGGUGACCCAGCUGGUGGACAGAGUGUCCCAGUUGGACGGCACCAUUGGGGAGGUACAGGACACCAUGCAACAGAUAUCCCUCCUCACCAAGGAGAACCGCAAAGAGAUUGGCCGCUUGGAGGGAUGUCAGAAGGGCCGGCGGGUGGGGUAUAAGUGCUAUCUGAUCUACCGCACAUAUGAGACGUACCCAGGUGCAGCUCAGAAGUGCAUGGAGCGGGGCGGCAGGAUGGCUAUGCCUCAGGACAGGAAGGAACAGGAAGCCCUGGCAGACUACGUCAAGGCUUUCUUCCAGCCAGGGAACUGGCCUGUGUGGCUGGGCAUCAAUGACCUGCGCUCUGAGGGACUCUACCUGUUUGAGGACAACACACGAGUCACCUACUUCCAGUGGCGCAAGCACUUCCUCUCCAGCCAACCGGACGGAGGCAAGCGGGAGAACUGUGUGGCCAUGGCGUCAGAUGAUGGGGACUGGUGGGACAACUAUUGUGACAGGAACAUGUUUUACCUCUGUGAGUUUGAUGCCUGAUCCUUUUUCUUCCAAAGUAUCAGAAAUUUCAGAAAAACAAAUCCAGCCAAGCUUGACGACAACUUUGAGUGGAUAGACUAUCAUGGGUAGUCAUGAGUCUUAUAUAUUUCAUGUAAAAUAUUUUUUUAAAGCAAUAGGGGAUGAAGCUGAUCGACAAAGAAAAUGUUUACUAGCUGAUGGUGCUCUUGUUGAAUAAUAAUUCACAACACAUUUAACAUACUGUACACAAGUUAGACAGAUGGUGCUCAUAUUAAUCCACACUGAAAAAAGAA